UGCUUUCUUGUCGUUAAGAAAAACUUUCAUUUUUUUUUGUUGAAAUUUCGAUGGACCGACUCUCGAAAUGCAACUCAAAUUAUGUACCACUUACCCCUUUGACGUUCCUCAAACGGGCUAGUAGAUCUUAUGCUAAUCGUGCCUCGGUCAUCUACGAGAACACUUGGUUCACGUGGCGUCAAACCUACGAGCGUUGUUGUCGUCUCGCUUCGUCUCUACGGUCUCUUAACAUACUCAAAAACCAAGUUGUGUCCGUGUUGGCUCCUAAUGUUCCAGCCAUGUACGAGAUGCAUUUUGCUGUCCCCAUGGCAGGUGCGGUUCUCAACACGAUCAAUACCAGGCUCGAUGCUAAGAACAUCGCCACGAUUCUUCGUCAUUCCGAGGCGAGGGCCUUCUUCGUCGACUAUCGGUAUCUACAAUUGGCUAGUGAGGCGCUUCGGAUGUUGAUGGUGGACUCGACACAGGAAGGCCGGUCAUGGAGCAUGCCACUAGUGAUUGUCAUAGAUGAUGUGGACUCUCCUACCGGUGUUCGGCUAGGGGAGUUGGAGUAUGAGGAGUUGAUUCACAAUGGGAAUCCGAGAUUCGUCCCGGUUGAAGUCGGUGACGAGUGGGAUCCGAUCGCGCUGAAUUACACGUCGGGAACUACAUCGGAACCGAAAGGGGUUGUUUUUAGUCACCGAGGGGCAUAUUUGAGUACUUUAAGCUCGAUUUUAGGAUGGGAAAUGGGGAACGAGCCGGUGUAUCUUUGGUCGCUCCCCAUGUUCCAUUGUAACGGUUGGACCUUCACCUGGGGCAUCGCUGCCCGAGGUGGAACUAACGUAUGCAUACGCAAUACCUCCGCGUACGACAUUUACCGAGCCAUAGCGGCUCACAACGUGACCCACAUGUGUUGCGCGCCAAUCGUGUUCAACAUCCUCCUUGAGGCGAAACCCGACGAGCGUCGUGAGAUUUCCUCCACCGUUCAAGUCCUAACCGGCGGAGCGCCACCACCGGCGUCAUUGCUCGAGAAGAUGGAACACCUCGGAUUCCACAUAACACACACUUACGGCAUGACGGAAGCCACCGGGCCGGCGUUAGUCUGCGAGUGGCAAGCCAAAUGGAACCACCUGUCAAACGAGCGCAAAGCCAAACUCAAAGCACGGCAGGGGAUCAGCGUACUGACACUGGAAGACGUCGACGUGAAGAACAUGGAAACCAUGGCCAGCGUCCCGCACGACGGAAAAACCAUCGGAGAAAUCGUUCUGCGUGGCAGCAGCAUAAUGAAAGGCUAUCUCAAAGACGAAGAGGCGACCUUCAAAGCCUUCAAAGACGGCUGGUUCUUCACCGGCGAUGUGGGAGUUAUACACCCCGACGGAUACCUCGAAAUAAAGGACCGAUCGAAGGACAUCAUCAUCUCCGGCGGCGAAAACAUCAGCAGCGUCGAACUCGAAUCUGUUCUCUACAAACACCCAAGAGUCCUGGAGGCCGCCGUCGUGGCAAUGCCGCACCCACGGUGGGGGGAGAGCCCCUGCGCCUUCGUCUCCGUCCGGCAGAACUCGAGCGGACAAACGGAGGACGUUAAGGAAAUGGACAUCAUAAAUUACUGCCGGGAAAACUUGCCGCAUUUCAUGGUGCCGAAGAAGGUGAAGUUUCUGUCUCAAUUGCCCAGGACUUCGACCGGGAAAAUACAGAAAGUUCAUCUGAGGGCAUUGGCCAAAAGUUUCCAAGUUACAGAGAAGACGACGACGCAGGUCAAUAAGGAAAUUGCAGAUGAACAGAUUAUGGCAUUGUCACGCCUUUGAAACUCAAAAUUACUAUUUUACUUGCACUUCAUGCCGUUUCGGAAUAAAUUAUUAGGUGCUAGUAAUUAAAUGAAAAAUCUUUUUUUUAUUAUUUUA